AUGCCUGAAUCAGGAAUAUACGACCGGCCAAAGACGUUCCGUAGCGGGACAACAUUACAGCCAAAGUACUCUGUUCAGCACCGUUCUGAUAUCCUUCUGGUGGAACAGACUGAUACUGUGAGAAAUGCCCAGAGCACUUUGCAGCAAAUCUUAACAGACUUGGAAAAUGCUAAGACUGAAGAUGAAAUUGAGCAGCUACGGGCAGAAGCCCAGGCAGCUCGAGACAAAGGAGAUUCAGCAAUUCUGGUAUUACAGAUUUUGUAUAAGAUUGACUCUGAGUUGGUUCAUGCCAGAAAGGAUCUAGAAAAUGCCCUUGAGCAUGAAAAUGGGGACAUCAUGGAAGCCCGCAAGCGAGUCAUGUGGCUCGAGGAUAGGAUGGGGGCUCUCUGUGGGAAAGUUAGAAUCAGGGGUCAGCCCCCAAGACCAAACAGAAAUAGAGGAUCUGAAGAAAGGGGUGGAACAACAUUCAGGUCUGGUAUGUCAGACAAUGAUGACAUGAGUGAUGGAGAAGAGAUGUAUAUGGGAAGGCGUAUGUUACCACCGAUCCAGUCUCGGCUCCCAGACUCAGAGGAUGAGAGUAGAGGACAUGGCUAUAACUCGCCAUCUAUCAGUGGGUCGGAGGACUACAGAAAGUUAAGGCAGCAACGCCCAGGGUUCAUGGACACACCUUCUUCAGCCUCCUCUAUGACUCAAAGCAGGGCUAUUUACCAACAGAGAGGCCUUGGGGCAGAGACAGAGGAAGAAUCAGAGAGUGAAGCCCCACCACCAGACCAAGGUACGGCAAGUCAGAGUGAAGGAGGAUCAGAGGCAAACGACCAACUGAGUGAACUUCCAACCAUGUUUCAAAAAGAUAAACGGGAGUUCACACCUCGCUCUGCUGAUCAGUCACAACAUACCUUGGCAGCAGGCGACGAAGAUGAGAAAAAAGAAGAUUUUACAGAAAAUGUGGAUGAUACAGAAAGGAAUGAAGACCAACAGACAGAGGGGACUCAAGAAUCAUCAACUGAAUCGGAGGAGUCUUCAAGUUCAGAGGAGAGUAGUGAGGAAGAAGAUGAGGUGUCUGAGGGAGAAGAAGAGGAAAAAGAAGAGGAAGGUGAGAAAAUAUCAGAAGAAAAGGAUGAGGAGAAAGAAACACAAGAAAAAGAAACCCUGCAGGAAGAGGAGAGGGAAGCAGAGGACAAGGUAACAGGAUUGGAGAGUAUUGAAGAUAAGAGAGGACAGACAUUUAUCACGGAGGUAUCUGCCACUACAACCAAGAGUCGUGUCACGAUUGUGUCACCCCGUAGGGAGGACACAAGAGCUGCAUUCCUGCGAGAGAUUGCAGAAGAGGAGCGUGACUUGGUGAUGGAGUACUGGCUGUCAGAGCAUCACAGAUUCGAGUACGGGGAAUAUGCGGAUGUGAUGUGUCAGUUAGAUCCACUUUCUUACCACCAGAUGGGGCUAGCUGUACCAGGAUCAUUUUUACCUCGCCCUGAUAAGAAGUAUGAAGCACUACCGUGGAGGGAGCCAAGUAAAGGUGGUACAGACAUUAUGGAUAUUCAUAAAAUGGAUCUAGACAGACUAGCACACAGACUUCAUCGCAUGUAUGAUAAGGUUUACAAGGCGUCCAUGUUGUCUGUUCGUCCUACCAGAAAGUCAAAUGACAGACGAGAACACAGUUUGCUCCAGAGCAGUAUGGCCAGUAAGGAGACCACCUCAGUCUCAGCCUCUACUGUCCUCGCUCCAAAGGCGUCAACAGUAGAAUCCCAAGACUUAACACGGUCCCACACAUUGGACUCCAUAGAGACCCCUGAAUUACCAAAACUGGAGAACAGACGACUUGGCACAUCAAAAUCAGGGCGUCUUGUGUACUAUCCAAAACCAAUACCUCCCCCCGAGUUACUCCCCCUUACACGAACGACGGCAGGAAAAGCAUACCCUCGAAUGGCUGAUGCCUUUGCCAACUCAGACCCUACAGUAAGAAAUCCUGCUAUUCGCAUUGUGAAUCAAAGAAAUCUGGCAAAGGAGACGAAAUUGACUCUGUUUAGGGAACGAACCCGAGCCAGUCAGAAGGGGCCAAACAGCACAGAAAGAAAGUUUAGGCUUAUGUUGGAACAGGAAAAGAGUGUGGUCAGCAGUCGAAAGUCUACAGCGACCAAACCAACUUUCUCCCGAGCCGUAACUAAAGCCUCAGGAGAUUUCGAAGAUGAAUUAGUGGACCUGAAGAGUGAAGACUCUGACAAUGAAGGAAGUACAUGGAGCAGGAUCAAACCCAAAAACAGGAACAGGGAAUACUCAGGGUUGAAAUGGGAGAGAGUCAAGACCCUGGUACAUUCCAACCUGACAUCUGAGCGUGCUGAGGAGCGGGUAGAUGCUGCCAAGCAUCUCGGCUUGCUAAGGUGUGGUGACACCAUGGUGUUCUAUGCUCUGAAAGACCGUAUGAAGGCAGAUGAAGACAAGCGAGUCCGUUAUGAGGCAGCCAAAUCCCUCAUUCUAAUAGGCUGUUGGGAGGAGGAUGUACAGAUGGUGAUAAUCAAAUACUUAGCCAUAGGGAACACAGAGAUCAGAUUAGACUUGAUCCGCACCAUGAUUGAUGGCAGGAAUGUCCAGUAUGUCAACAAGAGCUUGAGCACAUUUCCUGAGCUUGCGAAGAUGUUGAGUCAUUUUUGUCGAAACCCAGACCCUGACGAUCAAAUUGCACUGGAUGCUGCUAUCCUGCUGGGAAAGCUUUGUGUGGCAGAUAACAAUGCCAAGGUCAAACUCAAACUGUCACUGGAGUACAACACCGACACACAUGUCAAAGCCAAGUCAUUAGAGAUCCUGGUGCGCCAGCUGAACUGUACAGACUCUGAUGUUGUACGCAGUAUCACUGACAUGCUACACAAGUCCUUUGUGUGGAAACAUCGUGCUUUGGCAGCAGAACUCCUGAUUGUUCUAGGACCCAAAAAUGUACUGAAGGUUGGUGAGGUAGAUAAACUGUAUGAGAUUUUAGAGAGAAGACUUUGGGAUGAACCCAUCAAGGAAGUUCGUGUGGCAGCUGCCAAGGCUCUGACAGCUCUAGGUCUCUUUGGAAAAGCUUGUGAAAAAAUAGAAAAGAGGUUAGAGAACCCUGAGGAGGAUGUGAGGGCCCAGGCUGUCAUAGCUGUGGGCACUCUGGGAAUGAAGAAUGAGAAGACAACGAGAAUGUUACUCGAGAUGUUUGAACUAGAUGCCAGUGAUUAUGUUCGUUUAAUGAUUGUACGGACAUUUGUGGUAUUGAAGAGUACUGAUAAGAGAGUGCUGAGAGCCCUGAAGGAGAAGGAGAAGAUAGAUGGACCACUUGCCAGAGAAGCCAAAAAAGCCUUAAAGACACUGGAAGUUUUAAGAGAGCUAGGCACACCAUUGGGUAGACGAACCAUGACACCAAAUCACAAAGCGGUCACACCAGCGAUUAGCAACGUCAUACGACCUUUGACACAAAGCAUUUAGGAGCGAUCGUUGAGUUCUACAAACUUUGUCAAAUGACAAAUGGUACUUUAUCAAAGCCAGGCUGUGAAUCUCUUGAGAACUAAUGAAAUUAGAAACAAAAAUAUCUCUACAUUCAUGUUGGCAUUGAUGUUUCCAGUUGAGAAAACUAUUUAUGUAACAUAUCACCUAUUAUUUUUCACAUGUUAAUUAAACAGAAUAUUCUUGGAGCUAAAUACCUGGGUAAUAGCUACCUGGUAAUUUUUAUAAGAGGUUUAAACAUGUAGAUAGAAGUCAUGGUGGCAUAGCACAAAGUAUGAAUAGUAUUGCACCCACCAAUUUAUUCUCUGGUUUGUUUAAAGCUGCAACUUCCUGUGAACAAAACAAAAGUGCCUUCAUCACAAAAAUUAAAAAGAUAUCAAAGUGGUUGCCACUAGUUGAAUUAAAGUAUAGUAUUUUUAAGACGAGAGAAAAUUUUAUAUUCUUUACACCAAUAGAAGUGCCAACAAUAGU